CUUUCGCUGAUGCAAGAGCCUAGUGCGGUGGUGGGAGAAGUGUCGGCAGGAGCAACGCUGCCGCUGGGGCCUGGGGCUGACCCAUCCGACUUCCCGUCUGUGCCGAGCCCACUCGAGCUGCCGCCAUGUCCGGGGAUGAGAUGAUUUUUGAUCCUACUAUGAGCAAGAAGAAAAAGAAGAAGAAGAAGCCUUUUAUGUUAGAUGAGGAAGGGGAUGCCCAGACUGAAGAAACCCAGCCCUCAGAAACAAAAGAAGUAGAACCAGAGCCCACUGAGGACAGAGAUGUAGAAGCCGAUGAAGAGGACAGUAGGAAAAAAGAUGCUUCUGAUGAUUUAGAUGACUUGAACUUCUUUAAUCAGAAGAAAAAGAAGAAAAAAACAAAAAAGAUAUUUGAUAUUGAUGAAGCUGAAGAAGGUGUAAAGGAUCUUAAGAUUGAAAGUGAUAUCCAAGAAGCAGCUGAACCAGAGGAUGACCUUGACAUUAUGCUUGGCAAUAAAAAGAAGAAAAAGAAGAAUGUUAAGUUCCCAGAUGAGGAUGAAAUACUAGAGAAAGAUGAAGCUUUAGAAGAUGAAGACAGCAAAAAAGAUGAUGGUAUCUCCUUCAGUAACCAGACAGGCCCUGCUUGGGCAGGCUCAGAAAGAGACUACACAUAUGAGGAGCUAUUGAAUCGAGUAUUCAACAUCAUGAGAGAAAAGAAUCCAGAUAUGGUUGCUGGAGAGAAAAGGAAAUUUGUCAUGAAACCUCCACAGGUUGUCCGAGUAGGAACAAAGAAAACCUCUUUUGUCAACUUUACAGAUAUCUGUAAACUAUUACAUCGUCAGCCCAAACAUCUCCUUGCAUUUUUAUUGGCUGAAUUGGGUACAAGUGGUUCUAUAGAUGGUAAUAAUCAACUUGUAAUCAAAGGAAGAUUCCAACAGAAACAGAUAGAAAAUGUUUUGAGAAGAUAUAUCAAGGAAUACGUUACCUGUCACACAUGCCGAUCACCGGACACAAUCCUGCAAAAGGACACCCGACUCUAUUUCUUACAGUGCGAAACUUGUCAUUCUCGAUGCUCUGUUGCCAGCAUCAAGACCGGCUUUCAGGCUGUCACAGGCAAGCGAGCACAGCUCCGUGCCAAAGCUAACUAAUUGGCUAACCACCACUGAUUUUCAAAGUGUGUUGUGGAGAUUUGGCUGGACAGGUUUACCAUCAAAGUGGAUAUAUCAUUGUAUUAAAUACAAGAUAGAAAAGCUGCCAAGUUUUUUGGCUUGUGGCUGGUUGGUCUGAAAUCUUUGCAAGAUGCCGAUGCUCAAGCUGUUGACCUACUCAUUGCCUACUUUAACAACUGUCAGAAAAACAUGAUGGGGUAAGGCGGUGCUUUUUUAAAAUCGUUCAUAGACUUAUGUAAAAUGCAAGAUAAAUUAAAGUUAUUAUAACAGUGA